CCAGCCCCCCUCCUCUAGGGGAAGAUACGAUCUGCCCAACUUUCUCCCGUACCAACCCUACGGGGUUAUUCCUCCGAAUUAAUAUUAUUAUUAUUUUAUUUAUUUUUUUAAAACCUCUACAUCCGACUGCCAGGGAAAGAUGCGGUAUAUCCUGGACCUGCUGCAGCUGGAGAUGUGAGGAGAAUUUGGACGGGGAACCCGUGCGUUGUGUGAGUGGAGCUCCAUAGACCAUGAAGUCAGCAGGAUGUUAGAACCAGUCUCGGCGCGGUAGUCCCAGAGAGCUGGGAGGCUAGGAAGAUGCCGCUCAUUCCGUAUUGACAGGAUGAGAGGUUACCAUGGAGAAGGCAACCAAUCACAGCCUCCAUGUCACUGUAUGCCCGAAACCCGAGAAAGAUCACUGGAUUUCACUCAUCACGGUCCAGACUUCCGCAAAUCCUACCCACGGAGCGCCUCUGAGUCUUGUUCCCUUGAUCUGCACUAUUGCCCUUCUAGGAGUGUCGGCGUGACACCAGAUUUCCCUGGUGGUCCCCUGAGCAUGCCAGAACCCCGGUCCUCCAGUGGUGGCACCUACCCCAGAAUGCACCAUAACCCCCAACAGUACGAUUCUUGUGAUGAAUGUAUGGCCGCCAUUGCUCAUACCUCCAGUAAAAUCAACCGCUUGCCCCCCACCCUGCUGGAUCAGUUUGAGAAGCAGUUGCCUUUACACCAUGACGGCUUCCACACCCUCCAGUAUCAACGGACUAGCACCACAGAGCAACGCAGUGAGAGCCCAAGCCGCAUUCGCCACCUUGUGCACUCAGUACAGAAGCUCUUUGCCAAAUCACACUCCCUAGAAACACCCUCAAAACGGGAAUACAAUGGCACCAGGUAUGAGGGACGUGGUGGGGAUGGCUACCAGCACUCACAGUCCCGACACAGCAAAAGAAGCAAAAGCAAAGAUCGCAAGUCAGAACCGAAGCACCGAACAAAGAUGGCAGGUUGGUGGAGCUCUGAUGACAACCUUGACAGUGACAGCAGUUUCCUGGUGUCAGCUCGUCAUGCCAUGGAGCACGGAGCUCCCUUUGGAGUGGACACUCCUGAAAGUGCCUUCAGAGACUUGACCUUGAAGAGUCUAAAAGGUGGAGGUAAUGAUGGAAAAUGUCUAGCCUGUGCUGGGAUGUCCAUGUCACUGGAUGGGCAGACACUGAAGAGGAGCACGUGGCACACAAUGACCGUUAGCCAAGCAAGGGAGGCCUAUCCUAGUUCAGGGGGCCAUCACCAAGACAAGAUAAUGAUGCUUCAGGAUGCUAAGGGGAAAGAACGAGGGUAUCAUUACUUACAGGUGCCAUCGGAUGAGUGGGGGGCAUACCCAGCACCGGGAAAGGAGGGGGAAAUACCAUGCAGAAGGAUGAGAAGCGGCAGCUACAUCAAAGCCAUGGGAGAUGAUGAUAGUGGAGACUCUGACACCAGCACCAAAAUGUCACCCAAGGGUGCCACCCGAAGAGAGAGAUAUCACAGGUCAUCAAGCGUCGACCAUCCCAGAACCAACUGCUGCACUCCACCCAAAAUCCAUCCAAAGGGACUUGGCUAUGGUCUCUCCAUCACGGGUCAGAUAAAAGGGGAGCUUAACCACCAGUCAGGGGCCACAUGUGAGUCUGUGUUCAGUGAGGUGGAGUCUCAUGCUGUAGAGGCCUUGGAUCUCCCUGGCUGUUUCCGAAUGCGCAGUCACAGCUACCUCCGUGCCAUCCAAGCUGGCUGCUCCCAAGACGAUGACUGCAUCUCUGUCUUCUCCAUGUCUGCCCCUUCAGGACCAACCCUUGCCAGCAGUAUCCUCAAGCCCAAUACUUAUGGCCUAUUUUCAGGGCUAAAGAUGAGGACUCGAGGGCAACGGUUGACAACAGGGGACAUUCAAAACAAUACUUUCAGUUAUCGUAAAGCCCCGCCACCCAUCCCACCUAGACUCCUCUCGAAGCCACUCAUCUCGGUAACAGCCCAAAGUAGCACAGAAUCUACCCAUGAAACAUUUCUGCACAAUGAGCCUACGCGGUUGCCUUGGUCCAAAGAUGGCAAAGGCCACUGCAACUCCAAUGAGAGCCUGGAAGGCACCAAGUCCAGGGCACUGUCUUUGGACCUGGCAACUGUCCAACACAGGGUUUCUCCAAAACCUUCCACUGUGAUCAGCAAAGCUCUACCACUACGAGAAGAAUUAAAAGGAAGCACCCGGCAAAGAAAAUGGCGCCCAUCCAUUGGCGUACAGGUGGAGACUAUCUCAGACUCGGACACUGAGGGAAAGAGCCGGAGAGAGUUUCACUCCAUCGGAGUUCAAGUAGAAGAUGAUAGGAGGAGGGCUAGAUUUAAACGUUCCAAUAGUGUGACUGCAGGGGUUCAGGCUGACCUUGAACUAGAAGGGUUCCCAGGUCUGACUGUUCCGACGGAAGACAAGGGCCUGCAGUUUGGGCAUUCAUUUCAACGUCACUCAUCUGAGCCCUCAGAUUCCAGUCAACAGUACUCUGUCUACAAAACAGUGCACACCCAGGGCCAAUGGGCAUACAGAGAGGACUAUCAAAUGCAGUAUGACCCAGCAGAAGAGGCCCGUCAGGAGUCCUGGAUGGACAGGGGCACCCGCAGUCUUCCAGAUUCUGGAAGAGCAUCUCCCUGUCACAGGGAUGGGGAAUGGUUCAUUAAAAUGCUGCAGGCAGAGGUAGAGAGAAUGGAACUGUGGUGCCAACAGAUGGAGAGAGAAGCUGAAGAGUAUGACCUUCCAGAAGAAAUCUUGGAGAAGAUUCGCAGUGCUGUAGGAAGUUCCCAGCUCCUCAUGUCUCAGAAAGUACAACAGUUUUUCCGAUUAUGCCAGCAGAACAUGGACCCUACUUCAUUUCCACUGCCCACCUCUCAGGACCUAGCUGGAUUCUGGGAUCUUCUCCAGCUUUCCUUUGAAGAUGUGGGUAUGAAGUUUGCAGAGCUGCAGCAAUUGAAGGAAAAUGGGUGGAAACCAUUGGAAUGCAAGGAGGAGAAGAAAAAAGUUCCUCCUCCCAUACCAAAGAAGCCUCUCCGUCAGAAAGUGCAUCCCAUCAAGGAUCGGUCCUUGGAUUCUGUUGAUCGUCAGAGGCAAGAGGCUCGGAAGAGGCUAUUAGCAGCCAAACGGGCUGCUUCUUACAGGCACAACUCUGCCACAGAGAGUGCAGACAGCAUUGAGAUUUACAUCCCUGAAGCUCAAACCAGACUGUGAAGAUGACAAUGUACACUUGUUUUUUGUACACUCUGUAUAUAUCAAUAUACAUAUAUACAUAGAUAAGAUUUAGAGAAUAUUCUAAGAAAAAAGAAAAAAAAAAACACUGAAAAAAUAUGACCACAGCUGUGUUAUUCUGGGGAGGUCCCUUUACCAAACCAAACAGUACCCUUUAUAAUACCCUUACAAAUGGUAGAGCUACAUGACCCAUAGGUGCCAAGGGCACUGCUGAGGCAAAAGCUAAAUGUAAUGUUUGGAUACUCCUUCUCCCCUUCUCUUAUAGAAACGUAACAACUUGAAAUGGCCAAUAUGUAUUUAAAAUAUGGACUAUGACCAUUAAAUAAACACUGUGUCAGAUUCCUUUUUCUAUCUCCUUUAAGGGCACAACAUUUCAUUAGAAGAAUUGAUACUAAUGGGGUGCUUGAUGCCUGUUAUCCUAAAUAUUGCAUCACUUUUUUAAAAUAAUUUACUUUAUCCUAGGAAAGGGAUUUUUAUGAUGUAUGGAAAUAAUCAUUAUUAGCAUACAAUGUAGCGUGUUUCUGUUUAUUAGGGCUUCAAAUAUUAUUGUGUAGCAGUUCUAAAUCAUACUAUGUAAAGAUCCCUCAGUGCCCCAUUCAGAUUUAAUGUGUCACUUAGCCGAGAUAAACUUAAAUUUAGCAUGAUAUAAAGAUGCUAGAGUCAGGAAAGGAUAUAUGAUACAAUUUGGUGUGAAAGUAUACCGAGGUUAUCUUCCAAAAAUGUUUCCGAUCUCCAAGACUCAUGGGAAAUAUCUUGCAUCCACCUUCUGAAAACAGGACUUUGAUAGUUCAGCCGCUUGGAUAUAGUUAUAAACAGACCUCAAUGCAAGCCACUGAGUAUCAAGUAGCUUCCAUAAAUUUAGUAAUGACAGGUGUAAUAUUCUAUUGAAGGGUGCAGGGCCAUGAAUAAAUGUGCUCAUAUCUGUUUACAAAACAUUCUACCUUUGUUAGUUUUACUGGAAAAAAUUUUGUUAAUACUAAUUACUGCAAGUUUUUGAAUUUUUACUGCACGACUACCAAUGCCAGUCUUGAUAUAUGCCUUACCUAUAAAUGUUAUGUGGGGUGAACUGACAAAUACAUGCAUGUUAAUUAAAAAUGCAUAACUUUGUUAGGACAGGUACAUAUUUAGGAUACAAAUUGGCAGGCCUGCAGCUUAAUGUAUGAUCUGGAACAGGCAUAGGCAACCUUCGGCACUGCAGAUAUUUUGGACUACACCU